UCACCAGGCAGCUUUCUUGCAGCAUACAAGUUGGUCUUACCUGUGGUCCCGAGGCUCAAGUUUGCUCGCGGGGUGCUGCCCACGGGCUCUCUGCGGCGGCAGCAACCAGGAAGACCUUAUAUGACCUUUUUAACAAGAAUUGAGGAUAAAGGGGUUGGGGAUUUAGCUCAGUGGUGGAGUGCUUGCCUAGGAAGCGCAAGGCCCUGAGUUCGGUCCCCAGCUCCGAAAAAAAAAACAAAAAAAACCAAACAAACAAAAAAAAAAGAAUUGAGGAUAAAACAGGAGGUCAUCGUUUCAAACUAAAGACUGACUGAGGAAACUGAGUCUGGGUGUAACAGUAUGUGUGUCUUUUUAUCUGUGUGUGUGUGUGUGUGUGUGUGUGUGUGUGCGCGCGCGCGCGCGCGCACGUGUAUGUGUGUCUUUGCACAUCAUUGCAAAAAGAAAGUAGGAGCGUUAUUAUUUGAAAACUGGAAAGGCAUGAAGCAAUUAAGAAUUGGCAUAGUUUGAUGCUGGUAAAAAAAUAAAGAUGAAAAUAUCAUUCUUAAUUUGGAAAUUGAGCAUGCACACAGAAUGUCAUGAAAGGAAAAGAAGGUUGAUUGAACUGAGAAACGAGUUACUAGCAAAUUCAGCAACAGGUAAUGGUGAUGGAGGUGCUGAUACCAGCAAAGUACAUGCUACAUUUGUGUCAGUGUGCCAUAAUGAAACCCAAAUUAAAAGAAAUAAUAACUAUUAACCACAAAAUCAUGGAUACUAAAUCUGGAGUACUGGAAAUUUCAUUUGCACCUAUUUUUUUGGUUAUUUAAUUUAUUUAAAUUUCAUUGUUAUCCCUCUCCCAGGUUUCCCCUCCACAAACCCCUAUGCCAUUCCCCCUCCCCACUGCUUCAGUGGUGGUGUGCCCCCACCUACCUACUCACUACUGCCUCACAGCCCUAGCAUUACCCUAUACUGGGGCAUUGAGCCUUCACAAGACCAAGGUCCUCCCCUCCCACUGAUUUGAGAUAAGGUUAUCUUCCACUACAUACACAGACAAAGCAAUUGGUCCCUCCAUGCGUACGCUUUGGUUGGCUGUUUAGUUCGUGGGAGCUCUGGUAUGUCUGGCUGGUUGAUAUCGUUGUUAUUCCUGUGGAGUUGCAAACACCUUCAGCUCCUUCCUCCUUUCCCUAACUCCUCCAUUGGGGUCUCUGUUCUGUCUGAUGGAUGGCUGCAAACAUUCAUAUAUGUGUUGGUUGAGCACUGACACAGCCUCUCAGGGAACAGCUAUAUUAGGCUCUUGUCAGCAAGUACUUCUAGGCAUCAGCAAUAGUGGCUGCCUAUGAGAAGGAUCCCCAGGAGGGGCAGUUUCUGGAUGGCCUUUCCUUCCUUCUCUACUCCAUUCUUCUUCCUGCAUUUCCUUUAGACAGGAGCAAUUCUGGGUUAAAAUUUUUGACAUGAGUGGGUGGUCCCAUCCCUCACUCUUGAAAGACAACUUUACUCUCUAUUCUUAUGAAAGAAUUCUUUAUUUACAUUUCUGUAGAUACAAGUCUCAGCACUCUAGGACAGCCUAUGACAAACAGAAAUCAUGUAUAUGAAAAACAUUGACUUUGAAGUGUUCAGCAAUAUCCAGUGCAAAACACUAAAAUUAUAUGUGUCUUUAAAACACAUAAUGGGGCAUAUCAUAAUCCAAACCAAUGAGUUGCCUACAUAUGCACUGCUUUCUUACAGUCCAAAUCCACUGAAAGAGGUUCAUGAGUAUAUAAUCCUCAGGAAACUCUCCAAUGGUCAAUGUUGAUUCUAGAAUGGUAGCAAAAAUAGAUGGUUAGAAAGAUUUUAUAAUCAAAGUUUACAUAUUAGAACACAAUACUGCUUUAUAGUUACUAUUUAAUUCUAAGAUACUAAGAAGAUAUUUCUAAACAACACUUCCUCACCACCAGUAAUGUAGUGUAAAAUGAGAAAAACAAAAAUAAUAUAGAAUAUUUGGGUCAGCACAAGUUAUUAAAUUGAAAAAAUUUGAGGAUCAAGGAGGAAGAUGAUCAUUUGAAAUUCAAAUAUUAAGACACCUUUCACAUUAUUAUUGAUUGUUUAAAAGGUAGGGUCCCAGCAACUUAACCACCAACCAGUGAGCACACACAGGGGCCUUGUGGCUCCUGCUGGAUAUGUAGCAGAGUUCUUUCUUAAAUAGCAUCACGGAAAGGGGUGCCCAUAGGUAUUAUAGAGGUUGGAUGACCCAGGAUAGGGGAAUGAUAGGGUGCUGAGCAGGAAUGGGUGGGUGAAUGGGGGAGCACCCUCAUAGAGGAAUAGGGACGGUGGAGAGAUAAUGAUAUCAACCAACCAGACCCCCCAGAGUCCCAUGGACUAAACAGCCAACCAAAGAUUACACCUGGAGGAACCAAUUGCUUUGUUCGUAAUGGAAGAAACUGGGAAGGAGAAUAAAAUGUGAAAUGUAAAUAAAUAAAAUAACUAAUAAAAAGAAAGAAAAAUGAAAAAGAAAGAAAGCACACAGCAUGGCAUUCUCUCUGGAUCUUGUUGAACCUUUAAAACUCCAUCUUUAUCAUAGAAAUUAAUUGUGGAUAUGUGAAGAACUGUAUAAUUUUGGAUAGAACUGGAUUAAAUAUGUUUCUGAUUUGGUCUGUUUCUUGAUUCUCAAGACAAUGGAAGCAUAGACUUUGUUUAGAUAAUCUGUUCAUAUCACUGCUGUGACAUAGUCCACACUGUGCAUGGUCUGUGGAUCUCAGUGAGUAUAUACAUGAGACUGCCUUUCUCUGACUUGGACUUUGUAAUACAAUGUCUUGUGUUUUACUAGUAGCUCUGAUUGUUGUAUUACUGGAUGUCUCACUGUGAAACAUCUAAUAAAAUCCAGUAACAUCAUUUCAAUUUGUGCUCACAUAAUCACGUUGUUAAAAAUGGCUAAGAACCAAAUUUGAACACAAGGGCUUUUGUCCAGGUGCUCCUAAACAUGAAUGAGAUCAUGGAGUCUGAGAAUAAAUUAUCCUCCUAAGUAUUUACUUACCUGUGUUUAUUACAUGUGCUGUGGACACCUGUGGCAGAGCUCCAGGGGAAAAAUGUUUAAGUUUCCUCCAGAGCUCAGGAGCAAUCUGAAAAACAAAAAAGCCAAAAAGAAAAGAAAAAGAAAAACAAUACAAUGAAUCAUGAAUAGGCAACAAACCGCUCCUUUGCUCAGUGAAAUAAAAGCUGAUACAAAUCUGAUGUGCUGAUAUAUGCAUGGCACUUCACAGUCCACUCUGUCAGGGUUUAAGGCAGGAAAAACAUGCUCAUUUUGAUGGUAAUAUUCUUCCUUCUCAACAUUCCAUUUCUCCUGGCAAAUUUCAUGGAUCCCAGAUGCUUUUGGAAAAUAAAUUUGAAUGAAAUCAAGGAUGAAGUCCUUGGGAUGACUUGUUCCUUCAUCCUUGAAACAGUUCAGAAGACUAUGGACAAAGAUUAUUUCAACCAGACUCUGAAUGUCCUAAAUACAACUACAAACCACAAAUAUGCCUUGGCAUUGGCCUUUACAGUGGAUGAAAUCAACAGGAAUCCUGAUCUUUUACCAAAUAUGUCUCUGAUUAUAAAAUACAAUUUGGGUCAUUGUGAUGGAAAAACUGUAACAACUCUAUCCGAUUUAUUUAAUCCAAAUAAUCAUCUCCAUUUCCCCAAUUAUUUAUGUAAUGAAGGGAUUAUGUGUUUGGUUCUGCUUACAGGACCACAUUGGAGAGCAUCUUUAUAUCUCUGGAUAUCCGUGUAUGUCUACCUAUCUCCACAUUUCCUUCAGCUUUCCUAUGGACCUUUCUACUCCAUCUUCAGUGAUAAUGAACAAUAUCCUUAUCUCUAUCAGAUGGGCCCAAAGGACUCAUCACUAGCAUUGGCAAUGGUCUCCUUCAUAAUUUACUUCAAGUGGAACUGGGUUGGGCUAUUUAUCUCAGAUGAUGAUCAAGGCAAUCAAUUUCUCUCAGAGUUGAAAAAAGAGAGCCAAACCAAGGAUAUUUGCUUUGCCUUUGUGAACAUGGUAUCAGUCAGUGAUGUUUCAUACUAUCAUAAAACUGAAAUGUACUACAACCAAAUUGUGAUGUCAUCCACAAAGGUUAUUAUCAUUUAUGGGGAAACAAACAGUAUUAUUGAAUUGAGCUUCAGAAUGUGGUCAUCUCCAGUUAAACAGAGAAUAUGGGUCACCACAAAACAAUUUGAUUGCCCUACCAGUAAGAGAGACUUAACUCAUGGCACAUUCUAUGGGACCCUUACAUUUCUACACCACUAUGGUGAGAUUUCUGGCUUUAAAAAUUUUGUACAGACACGGUACAAUCUCAGAAGCACAGAUUUAUAUCUAGUAACGCCAGAGUGGAAAUAUUUUAACUAUGAAGCCUCAGCAUCUAACUGUAAAAUACUGAGAAACUAUUUAUCCAAUAUCUCACUGGAAUGGCUAAUGGAACAGAAAUUUGACAUGUCAUUUAGUGAUUAUAGUCACAACAUAUACAAUGCUGUAUAUGCCAUUGCUCAUGCACUCCAUGAGAAGAAUCUGCAAGAAGUUGAAAAUCAGGCAAUAAACAAUGCGAAAGGAGAAAAUACUCACUGCUUGAAGCUAAACUCAUUUCUGAGAAAGACCCACUUCACUAAUUCUCUUGGGAACAGAGUAAUUAUGAAACAGAGAGAAGUAGUGCAUGGAGACUAUAAUAUUGUUCACAUGUGGAAUUUCUCACAACGCCUUGGGAUUAAGGUGAAGAUAGGACAAUUCAGCCCACAUUUUCCACAGGGUCAACAGUUACACUUAUAUGUAGACAUGACUGAGUUGGCUACAGGAAGUAGAAAGAUGCCAUCCUCAGUGUGCAGUGCAGAUUGCCAUCCUGGAUUCAGAAGAAUCUGGAAGGAGGAAAUGGCAGUCUGCUGUUUUGUUUGCAACCCCUGCCCUGAAAAUGAAAUUUCUAAUGAGACGAAUAUGGAUCAGUGUGCGAAUUGUCCAGAAUACCAGUAUGCCAACACAGAAAAGAACAAAUGCAUUCAGAAAGGUGUGAUUGUUCUAAGCUAUGAAGACCCCUUGGGGAUGGCUCUUGCCUUAAUAGCAUUCUGUUUCUCUGCAUUCACAGUGGUGGUAUUUUGGGUCUUCGUGAAGCACCAUGACACUCCUAUUGUGAAGGCCAAUAACAGAAUCCUCAGCUACCUAUUAAUCGUGUCACUCAUGUUCUGUUUUCUGUGCUCCUUUUUCUUCAUUGGCUAUCCUAACAGAGCAACCUGUAUCUUACAGCAAAUCACAUUUGGAAUCUUCUUUACUGUGGCUAUUUCCACAGUUCUGGCCAAAACAAUCACUGUGGUUCUGGCUUUCAAAGUCACAGACCCAGGAAGACAAUUAAGAAUCUUUUUGGUAUCGGGGACACCCAACUACAUUAUUCCCAUAUGUUCCCUAUUGCAAUGUAUUCUGUGUGCAAUCUGGCUAGCAGUUUCUCCUCCCUUUGUUGAUAUUGAUGAACACUCUGAGCAUGGCCACAUCAUCAUUGUGUGCAACAAGGGCUCCAUUACUGCAUUCUACUGUGUCCUGGGAUACUUGGCCUGCCUGGCCUUUGGAAGCUUCACUAUAGCUUUCUUGGCAAAGAACCUGCCUGACACAUUCAACGAAGCCAAGUUCUUGACCUUCAGCAUGCUAGUGUUCUGCGCUGUCUGGGUCACCUUCCUCCCUGUCUACCAUAGCACCAAGGGCAAGGUCAUGGUUGCUGUGGAGAUCUUCUCCAUCUUGGCAUCUAGUGCAGGGAUGCUGGGAUGCAUCUUUGCACCCAAAGUUUACAUCAUUUUAAUGAGACCAGACAGAAAUUCGAUCCACAAAAUCAGGGAGAAAUCAUAUUUCUGAAAAGGUAUUUCAGGAAUUCUGUCAAAUGUAAAGUUGAUACAUACACCCCAAAUAUUUAGUUACAGAGCAUAUAUCUAGUUUUAGAAUCACUCUCACUGGUUCCUCUAGUUAUGCAUAGAAGUACCAUAUGUACUGAUCUUGCAUAUGUUGUCUAUAAAAUCUUACAAUCAUUCAUUUGCUUAGUAUCUUCUGGAAGAAGUAAAAUUUUCAAAUAACUAGUACAAUUUUAUUCAUUAUUUUGCUUUCAUGAGGAUUUCCCCCUGGUAACUUCAAAUAAAUUUUAUAAGUCAGUUGAAUAUAUAACCUUACAUAGAAAGUGAGUUCUAGGACAGACAGGGAUUAUACAUAGAAACAAACUAACUAAAAAUCAACAAAGAUGAAAUCAGAACACAUUUUCUUAUUUCCAGUAGGAACACAUACUUGACAGAAUACUGUCCUUUUUUCAGCUGCUCUUUAAGAUAUUGGCCAAUAGUCUAAGCUGAAAAUGUUCUUUAUCUACUCUCAAAUACAAAAAUAUUAUAUCCAACAAUGGACAGAAUCUGAGAACUCCUGUGGUUGAGUUAGGGAAUAGUUGGAAGAUACUGAGAAGGAGGGUGACCCAUAGGAAUACAAAGCAGUCUCAACUAACCUGGACAACCAAGGUCCCUCAGACACUGAGCCACUAACAAGUCAGCCUACUCCAGCUGUUAUGAGGCCCCCAAAACAUAUGCAACAUAGGAUUGCCUGGUCCAGCCUCAGCAAGAGAAUACACACCUAACCACAGAGAGACUUCCCCAAGGGAUUGGGGAGGUCUGGGGUUUGGAGAGUUGCGGAUUGUCCCUUGAUGAUUGGAAGGAGGUAUUGGAUGAGAAUGAAUCAGGGGGAAGACUAGGAAGGGGAUAAUGAUGGAACUGUAAAAAAAAUUAAA